UAAAUACCGUUGAAUAUGAAUUUUAAUUAAUGUUAUUGCUGGUGUAAGUGAAGAAAAUGAUUCAAGUUGUAGUGAAGCUCUUAUUGUGAAGGACCGGAAGUGUAGUUGUUGCCGCUGGCGACGGGCGGAUCUCCAGCCGCAGAGCGCAGAGGCUCCGCCGGCAGCUCCGGGUUCAUGAGAGCCGGUUGGUUGUGAUUCAGGUUCAGUAGCAACAUUCACCGCUUGGUCUUCAGACGGACCGUGGGGCUGUGUUCAAGGCUGGCUCUUCUCAAGAUGGCACCGACUAAUGUCAUUCAGCACUCUUCAGAAGCGGAAUGCAGAUGUCCAUUAGAAUCCGAGCUGCGAGCAGUGCUGCAGAAAAGGAUUAUGGUCCUAGACGGUGGCAUGGGAACCAUGAUCCAGCAGUAUACCCUUGAAGAGGAAGAUUUCAGGGGGGAUGAGUUUAAAGAGCACCCUCUUUCACUGAAGGGCAACAACGACCUUCUCAGUAUCACACGGCCCGACAUCAUUUACACAAUACACAAGGACUACCUGCUGGCUGGUUCUGACAUCAUAGAGACCAACACAUUCAGCAGCACCUCUGUCGCCCAGGCAGACUAUGGACUGGAACACAUGGCUUAUCGCCUCAACAAGGUGUCUGCGGAGCUGGCGAGGAGGGCAGCUGAUGAUGUCACCAAGCAAACUGGUUGUAAACGCUAUGUGGCUGGGGCAGUGGGUCCCACCAAUAAGACCCUGUCUGUAUCCCCGUCUGUGGAGAGACCUGACUUCAGGAACAUCACAUUUGAUGAGCUUGUAGAAGCCUACUCAGAGCAGGUCAGAGGUUUAUUAGAUGGAGGAGCAGACAUCCUUCUGGUUGAAACCAUCUUUGAUACUGCCAACGCUAAGGCUGCCUUGUUUGCCAUCGACCUGCUGUUUGAAAAGAGCUACGAGAGGAAACCUAUAUUUAUCUCAGGAACCAUCGUUGACCGGAGUGGACGCACUCUGUCCGGUCAGACGGGGGAAGCCUUUGUAGUGAGCAUGUCCCACAUGAACCCUCUAUGCAUUGGUCUGAACUGUGCCUUGGGGGCGACAGAGAUGAGGCCUUUCAUUGAGGCCAUAGGGAAAUGCACCACAGCUUUCAUUAUCUGUUAUCCCAAUGCAGGUCUUCCCAACACAUUUGGAGGGUACGACGAAACCCCAGCAGUAACCGCCUCCAAUUUAAAGGAGUUUGCUAUGGAUGGACUGGUGAAUCUUGUGGGAGGCUGUUGUGGGACCACUCCAGGACACAUCAGGGCCAUAUCUGAAGCAGUCAAACACUGUAAGCCAAGAGUUCCUGAGGCUAAUAUUUAUCAAGACUACAUGCUGCUGUCAGGUUUAGAGCCGUUCAGGGUCGGCCCUUACACCAACUUUGUUAACAUCGGCGAGCGCUGCAACGUGGCCGGGUCACGCAAGUUUGCCAAGCUGAUCAUGGCAGGAAACUAUGAGGAGGCUCUAAGCAUUGCUAAGGCCCAGGUGGAGAUGGGAGCCCAGGUCCUGGAUAUCAACAUGGAUGAGGGGAUGCUGGAGGGGCCAACGGCUAUGGCUCGAUUUUGUAAAUUAAUUGCUUCUGAGCCAGACAUCUCACGGGUACCUCUGUGUAUCGACUCCUCUAACUUCGCCGUGAUUGAGGCUGGGUUGAAGUGCUGUCAGGGGAAGUGUAUAGUCAACAGUAUCAGCCUGAAGGAAGGAGAGGAGGAGUUCCUGCACAGAGCUGCCACUGUGAAGCGCUACGGAGCUGCUGUGGUGGUCAUGGCCUUCGAUGAGGAGGGACAGGCCGCAGACACCGAGCGUAAAGUGGAGAUCUGCACUCGGGCCUACAACCUGCUAGUCAGCAAAGUGGGGUUCAACCCCAACGACAUCAUCUUUGACCCCAACAUCCUCACCAUCGGUACAGGCAUGGAGGAGCACAACGACUACGCCAUCUACUACAUCAAAGCCACCAAACUUAUCAAGGAGACAUUACCAAGAGCCAGGGUGAGUGGAGGUCUGUCCAACCUGUCCUUCUCCUUCAGAGGGAUGGAGGUCAUCAGAGAAGCGAUGCAUGGAGCAUUCCUCUAUCACGCUAUCAAGGAUGGGAUGGAUAUGGGCAUAGUGAACGCUGGGAACCUGCCGGUCUAUGAUGACAUCGAUAAAGAGCUGCUGUUACUGUGUGAAAACCUCAUCUGGAACAGAGAUGCUGAAGCUACUGAGAAACUACUGGCCUACGCACAGAACAACGUGAAAGGAGCGAAGAAGGUGGUUCAGACAGACGAAUGGAGAGAAGGAAAUGUGGAGGAGAGGCUGGAGUACGCUCUCAUUAAGGGAAUAGAUAAGUAUGUGGUGGAGGAUGUGGAGGAGUGUCAGCUUCAGGUGGAGCGCUACACUCGACCCCUUCACAUCAUCGAGGGGCCCCUGAUGAACGGCAUGAAGGUGGUGGGAGAUCUGUUUGGAGCUGGCAAGAUGUUCCUUCCACAGGUGAUCAAGUCAGCUCGUGUUAUGAAGAAGGCGGUGGGCUAUCUGAUUCCUUUCAUGGAGAAGGAGAGGGAGGAGAUGAAGUUGUUGUCGGGGUCAACUGAGGAUGUGGAUCCCUACCAGGGCACCAUCGUUCUGGCUACAGUGAAGGGAGACGUCCAUGAUAUUGGCAAGAACAUCGUAGGUGUGGUGCUGGGCUGCAACAACUUCAGAGUGAUCGACCUGGGCGUGAUGGUUCCCUGUGAUAAGAUCCUCAGAGAGGCCGUCGAACAGAAAGCAGAUAUCAUCGGCUUGUCGGGUCUCAUCACCCCCUCUCUGGAUGAGAUGAUCCAUGUGUCCAAAGAGAUGGAGAGACUGGGAAUGACAACGCCACUGCUGAUUGGAGGAGCCACCACAUCAAAGACACAUACAGCCGUGAAGAUCGCCCCUCGCUACAGUUCUCCUGCUAUCCAUGUUCUGGACGCCUCCAGGAGUGUGGUGGUGUGCUCGCAGCUCCUGGAUGAGGCAAUGAGGGAGGAGUACUUUGAGGACCUGAAAGAGGAGUAUGAGGAGAUCAGACAGGAGCACUACGACUCCCUGAAGGAUCGUCGGUAUCUGUCUCUGUCCCAGGCCAGAGAGAAGGCUUUACAUAUAGACUGGCUCUCUCUGCCCACACCGGUGCGUCCUCAGUUCCUGGGCACCCGUGUGUUUGACUGGUACGACCUGAACAGUCUGCUGGACUUCAUCGACUGGAAGCCUUUCUUUGACGUGUGGCAGCUGAGAGGGAAAUACCCCAACAGAGGUUACCCCAAGAUCUUCAAGGACAAGACUGUCGGUUCGGAGGCUCGGCGAGUCUUUGAUGACGCCCAGCGGCUGCUCCACCGGAUGAUUGACAACGGCAGUCUGGAGGGGCGGGGCCUGGUGGGGUUCUGGCCCGCCCAGAGUGACGGCGAUGACAUCAAUGUGUACAAAGAUGAUGUCACUGUACGCAGAGACACCAAGCCCAUUGCCGCAUUCUGUGGCUUACGGCAACAGGCGGAGAAGGACCGCUCCAGUUCAGAGCCCUACCUGUGUGUGUCUGACUUCGUUGCCCCCGUAGACAGCGGGGUGGCGGACUACAUCGGUGUGUUUGCUGUGGCUGUGUUUGGAGCUGAGGAGCUGAGUCAGCAGUUCCAGGCUCAGGGAGACGACUACAGCAGCAUCAUGGUCAAAGCCCUGGCUGACCGGCUGGCCGAGGCCUUCGCCGAGGAGCUCCAUGCCCGUGUGCGUAAGGAGCUGUGGGGCUACAGUACCGACGAGGCUCUGCAGGCCGCAGACCUCCACAGGAUUCGAUACCAGGGCAUCAGACCUGCAGCUGGCUACCCCAGCCAGCCGGACCACACGGAGAAGACCACCAUGUGGAGCCUGGCUGGGAUCCAGGAGAAGACUGGUAUUGCUCUGACAGAGUCCCUGGCCAUGCUGCCUGCUGCCGCCGUGUCUGGACUUUACUUCUCCAACCCUCAGGCCUCAUACUUCGCCGUGGGAAAGAUCACCAAGGAGCAGGUGGAGGACUACGCCAGGAGGAAAGAGACGUGCGUAGAGGAGGCGGAGAGAUGGCUGGCUCCCAUACUGGGUUAUGACAGCGAGGCGUAGAGUGGGACCACUCCAGCAGAGAAACUGGACCACAGAGAAACUGGAACUAACACAGAAAUCAGGUUGACGGUCCAACCAUUCCACUGUAGCUCACACGGGUUCUCCCUGUGGCUACUUACACAGGGAUUCACUGACAUCUCAUAGUAUUUCACUUACCUGUGAAAACACACAACUGUUACUCAACAUUUUUACCGUACAAUUCAGAACAUUUCAGUCCUCUGUGCCAACCAAACUACUACCGUUAAACACUAAGCACAUACAUACAUUGUAUGUAAUGAUAAAAUGCAUUCCAUGUUUAUUAAUGGAGUGUUACAUCACAGUCACACGUGUCUUCUUUAGUAGAAGAACUUCUUUAAUAGAAGUACAGUUAUGUUGCUCUAUGUUGAGAUCAUUAUUAUUUUAGCACUCAUCCACUGGGCUGGGCUGUGCGAUCUGUCAAAGUCAGUCAAUACUUGUGCCAACAUGAUUACUGACCGUUACUGAAACUUUAAUUUGCCGAUUAUAAAAACAUGUUUAAAAGAUUUUUAAAGGGGCGAUACAUCAGCGUUUAUAGUUACGUUAUCUUAAAGGAAUAGUUCAGCGUUUUGUGAAAAUGAGCUGAUUUGCUUUCUUUCUGAGAGUGAAAUUAAGAAGAUUAAUAUCAAUCUCAAGUCUGUGUUUUUAAGUACGGAGCUGGAGUCUGGACGUGGUUAGCCUAGCUUAGCAUAAAGACUGGCUGCAAGGGGAACAGUUAGCCUGGCUCAGCCGUAGUGAAACAAGACUCGGUCCAAACCGAGUAUAUGUCUGGACCAUGUACAGUCAGUUUGUGAAUUUGUGGCUAAGUUGUUACACCAAUAGUCAGUGGUUGUGUCUAUAGUGUUAAAUCCAGCAGUACAUGUCCACCAGGUCCAGCGAGGACACUAGGGCAGUAGUUCUCAACCUUUUUGGUGUCAAGUACCCCUAAAUUGAUAAACAUUAGGUCACGGACCCUCAUUUAAUGUGAUGUACCCUAUCGUGGAAAGCACCUGAUUGGUCCCUCAAACAGGAAACAACACGGCGGCCUGCUUGUAAACUUUCUGUUAUUCCGUCUAAACAGUCCACCAAAAAUCGACUUCUGAAAACAUUUAAGCGAGAAACAGA